CGUUCCUUUGGAUGCUGGAUUUCGGGUUUUUGGACUCACUCGCUGACUCUCCUCCACUUCCUCGCUCUGGACUGGGCUGGCCGUACGAGGGCCGGGCGGCGGCAGCGACUGAGGGGACUCCCGCGGCGGCGGCCGCAGCUCCGCGGGAUUAAAUUGGCCGCCCAGAGGCGGCGGCUCGGGCAGGCGCGGGCUGCGCGGCCGUGGCGGGGCGCGAAGGCGCUGGGGGAAAGUGCUGGUGGCGGCGCGGGAGGCGGUGGCGGCUGCCCGGAGCCAACAUGACCAGGCUCUGAAAGAGUUCCAGCUGAAAUUUCUGAUCGGACAGACUCGCUGAAGCUUCCGAGGCAGUGAUUCCAAACUGCCAGCUCAGGCCGCUGCCAAGCUGCAGGAUGGUGCACGUAGCCAGGCCGCUGUUGCUGCUUCUCGCUUUCUUCCUCCGCGCAGAUGCUGAGACACCUCCAAGAUUUACAAGAACUCCUGUUGACCAGACAGGGGUCUCUGGCGGAGUUGCCUCUUUCAUUUGCCAAGCUACAGGAGACCCAAGACCUAAAAUUGUCUGGAACAAAAAAGGAAAGAAAGUCAGCAAUCAGAGAUUUGAGGUAAUAGAGUUUGAUGAUGGAUCUGGAUCAGUUCUCAGAAUACAACCCUUACGGACUCCGCGGGAUGAGGCCAUUUAUGAAUGUGUGGCCUCGAAUAACGUGGGAGAAAUAAGUGUAUCCACCAGGCUCACAGUUUUGCGUGAGGAUCAAAUUCCCAGGGGCUUCCCUACCAUUGACAUGGGCCCACAGUUGAAGGUGGUUGAGCGUACACGCACUGCCACCAUGCUUUGUGCAGCCAGUGGGAAUCCGGAUCCAGAAAUAACUUGGUUUAAAGAUUUCCUGCCCGUCGACACAAGCAACAACAAUGGCCGUAUUAAGCAAUUACGAUCAGGCGCCCUUCAGAUCGAACAGAGCGAAGAAUCUGACCAAGGAAAAUAUGAGUGUGUUGCCACCAACAGCGCGGGCACUCGCUAUUCUGCCCCUGCCAAUUUAUAUGUCAGAGUUCGCCGUGUCCCACCAAGAUUCUCUAUCCCACCUACUAAUCAUGAAAUCAUGCCAGGUGGAAGUGUUAAUAUCACCUGUGUGGCCGUGGGGUCACCAAUGCCUUAUGUGAAGUGGAUGUUGGGGGCAGAAGAUCUGACACCUGAAGAUGAUAUGCCAAUAGGAAGAAAUGUACUGGAACUGAAUGAUGUAAGACAGUCAGCAAACUACACCUGUGUUGCCAUGUCAACACUAGGUGUCAUUGAAGCAAUAGCACAGAUCACUGUCAAAGCCUUACCCAAACCUCCAGGAACGCCCGUAGUGACCGAGAGCACAGCCACAAGCAUCACAUUGACGUGGGACUCUGGGAACCCUGAGCCUGUCUCUUACUACAUCAUUCAGCAUAAACCUAAAAAUUCUGAGGAACCUUACAAAGAAAUUGAUGGGGUGGCGACCACACGCUACAGUGUCGCUGGACUAAGUCCCUACUCGGAUUAUGAAUUCAGGGUUGUUGCUGUUAAUAACAUUGGGCGGGGACCUCCCAGUGAGCCUGUGCUAACACAGACCUCAGAACAAGCACCAUCCAGUGCCCCACGGGAUGUCCAGGCGCGGAUGUUGAGUUCAACCACCAUUUUGGUACAGUGGAAGGAGCCUGAGGAGCCAAAUGGACAGAUCCAAGGAUACAGAGUUUAUUAUACAAUGGAUCCCACACAGCAUGUCAACAACUGGAUGAAGCAUAAUGUAGCUGACAGCCAAAUCACUACUAUUGGCAACUUAGUGCCCCAGAAAACAUAUUCUGUCAAAGUUCUGGCUUUUACCUCAAUUGGAGAUGGUCCUCUUUCAAGUGACAUACAAGUCAUCACUCAGACAGGAGUACCAGGGCAACCACUAAACUUCAAAGCAGAACCUGAGUCUGAAACAAGUAUUCUGCUGUCUUGGACACCUCCACGUUCAGAUACCAUUGCCAACUAUGAACUGGUCUACAAAGAUGGGGAGCAUGGAGAGGAGCAACGAAUUACCAUCGAGCCAGGGACAUCUUACAGACUGCAAGGACUGAAACCAAACAGUUUGUACUACUUCCGUCUGGCUGCACGCUCUCCUCAAGGCCUGGGUGCUUCCACAGCUGAAAUAUCAGCCAGAACCAUGCAGUCAAAGCCGUCAGCUCCUCCUCAAGACAUUAGUUGCACCAGCCCAAGUUCCACUAGUAUUUUGGUAAGUUGGCAACCUCCACCAGUGGAAAAACAGAAUGGAAUUAUUACUGAAUAUUCCAUCAAGUACACCUCCGUGGAUGGAGAAGAUGACAAACCUCACGAGAUUUUGGGAAUUCCUUCGGACACUACUAAGUACCUUUUGGAACAGCUGGAAAAAUGGACUGAGUACCGGAUCACUGUGACAGCCCACACAGACGUCGGCCCUGGCCCCGAGAGCUUCUCCGUGUUGAUUCGAACUGAUGAAGAUGUUCCUAGUGGUCCUCCUCGCAAAGUCGAGGUAGAGGCUGUCAACUCAACAUCUGUUAAAGUCUCAUGGCGCUCACCUGUGCCCAAUAAACAGCAUGGCCAGAUAAGAGGAUACCAGGUGCAUUAUGUGAGGAUGGAAAAUGGUGAGCCCAAGGGCCAGCCCAUGCUGAAGGAUGUGAUGCUGGCUGAUGCACAGUGGGAAUUUGAUGAUACUACUGAACAUGACAUGAUUAUUUCUGGGCUACAACCUGAAACUUCCUACUCCCUCACCGUCACAGCCUACACCACCAAAGGAGAUGGUGCACGAAGCAAGCCCAAACUGGUGUCCACCACUGGGGCAGUUCCAGGAAAACCCCGGCUUGUGAUUAACCACACUCAAAUGAAUACUGCUCUCAUUCAGUGGCACCCCCCGGUGGACACAUUUGGACCUCUUCAGGGCUACCGUCUAAAAUUUGGCCGGAAAGAUAUGGAGCCACUCACUACUCUUGAGUUCUCUGAGAAAGAAGACCACUUUACUGCUACAGACAUCCAUAAAGGAGCAUCCUAUAUCUUCAAGCUCUCAGCCAGAAACAAAGUGGGCUUUGGGGAAGAAAUAGUGAAGGAGAUUUCUGUUCCAGAAGAAGUCCCAACUGGAUUUCCUCAAAACCUCCACUCAGAAGGCACCACUUCAACGUCCGUCCAGUUAUCCUGGCAGCCACCUGUCCUGGCAGAGAGAAAUGGCAUUAUCACCAAGUAUACUCUUCUGUAUAGGGAUAUCAACAUCCCACUUCUUCCAAUGGAGCAGCUUAUUGUUCCAGCUGAUACUACUAUGACACUCAGUGGCUUAAAACCAGAUACCACAUAUGAUGUAAAAGUACGUGCUCACACGAGCAAAGGGCCCGGGCCAUAUAGUCCCAGUGUCCAGUUCAGGACACUUCCUGUGGAUCAAGCAGUGUUUGCAAAAAAUUUUCAUGUCAAAGCAGUAAUGAAGACUUCAGUGCUGUUGUCUUGGGAAAUUCCAGAAAAUUAUAAUUCUGCCAUGCCUUUCAAAAUUCUUUAUGAUGAUGGGAAAAUGGUGGAAGAAGUGGAUGGCCGAGCUACACAGAAGUUAAUUGUCAACCUAAAGCCUGAGAAGUCAUAUUCAUUUGUGCUGACAAAUCGUGGAAACAGUGCUGGUGGGCUGCAACACAGGGUAACAGCAAAGACUGCACCAGAUGUACUUCGUACCAAGCCUGCCUUCAUUGGGAAGACCAAUCUAGAUGGCAUGAUCACUGUGCAACUGCCUGAAGUACCCGCCAAUGAGAAUAUAAAAGGUUACUACAUAAUAAUUGUGCCUUUGAAGAAAUCUCGUGGGAAAUUUAUCAAGCCAUGGGAGAGUCCAGAUGAAAUGGAAUUAGAUGAGCUGCUUAAAGAGAUAUCUAGGAAACGCAGAAGCAUCCGUUAUGGGAGAGAAGUUGAAUUAAAGCCAUAUAUUGCUGCUCACUUUGAUGUCCUUCCCACUGAGUUCACCCUGGGGGAUGACAAACAUUAUGGUGGAUUUACAAACAAGCAACUCCAAAGUGGUCAAGAAUAUGUCUUCUUUGUGUUAGCUGUGAUGGAACAUGCAGAGUCUAAGAUGUAUGCAACCAGUCCCUACUCUGACCCCGUUGUGUCAAUGGAUUUGGAUCCACAGCCAAUCACAGAUGAAGAAGAAGGCUUGAUCUGGGUUGUAGGUCCAGUCCUUGCAGUGGUCUUUAUCAUCUGCAUUGUCAUAGCUAUCCUUCUUUAUAAAAGGAAGAGGGCAGAGUCUGACUCUAGAAAGAGCAGCAUACCCAACAGUAAGGAGGUCCCUUCACACCAUCCAACAGACCCAGUAGAACUGAGGCGCCUUAAUUUUCAAACACCAGGUUCAGAUGAUUCCGGUUACCCUGGUAACCUUCAUUCUUCAAGUAUGGCUAGCCAUCCUCCAAUUCCUAUCUUGGAACUUGCAGAUCACAUUGAAAGGUUGAAAGCAAAUGACAACUUGAAGUUUUCCCAGGAAUAUGAGUCAAUUGACCCUGGCCAGCAGUUCACAUGGGAACAUUCAAACUUGGAAGUAAACAAACCAAAGAAUAGAUAUGCGAAUGUAAUCGCAUAUGAUCAUUCCCGGGUUCUCCUAUCAGCAAUAGAAGGCAUCCCCGGAAGUGACUAUGUGAAUGCCAACUAUAUAGAUGGCUAUAGGAAACAAAAUGCUUAUAUUGCAACACAAGGAUCUCUGCCUGAAACAUUUGGGGACUUUUGGAGAAUGAUAUGGGAGCAACGGAGUGCAACAGUUGUCAUGAUGACAAAACUAGAAGAACGAUCCAGGGUGAAGUGUGACCAGUAUUGGCCCAGUAGAGGCACAGAAACCCACGGGCUGGUCCAGGUGACACUACUUGAUACCGUGGAACUGGCCACGUAUUGUGUUCGAACAUUUGCACUUUACAAGAAUGGGUCAAGUGAGAAGAGAGAAGUGAGACAAUUCCAGUUCACUGCCUGGCCUGAUCAUGGCGUUCCAGAACACCCUACACCUUUUCUAGCUUUCUUACGCAGAGUCAAAACCUGUAACCCUCCUGAUGCAGGCCCUAUGGUUGUGCACUGCAGUGCGGGAGUUGGCAGGACUGGCUGUUUCAUUGUAAUAGACGCCAUGUUAGAAAGAAUAAAGCAUGAAAAAACUGUAGAUAUUUAUGGCCAUGUAACUUUAAUGAGAGCCCAGAGGAAUUACAUGGUUCAAACAGAAGACCAAUACAUCUUUAUCCAUGAUGCACUGUUAGAAGCAGUGACUUGUGGAAAUACCGAAGUGCCAGCUAGAAACUUGUAUGCCUACAUUCAGAAGCUGACACAAAUAGAAGCAGGAGAGAAUGUCACAGGAAUGGAGCUUGAAUUUAAGCGUCUAGCCAGCUCUAAAGCUCACACCUCAAGAUUCAUCAGUGCCAAUCUUCCAUGUAAUAAAUUCAAAAAUCGCCUUGUUAAUAUUAUGCCAUAUGAAUCCACAAGGGUAUGCCUGCAGCCUAUCCGAGGAGUAGAAGGAUCUGAUUACAUCAAUGCCAGUUUUAUUGAUGGAUACAGACAACAGAAAGCCUACAUUGCUACCCAGGGGCCCUUGGCAGAGACCACAGAAGACUUCUGGCGGAUGCUCUGGGAACACAAUUCCACCAUCGUUGUGAUGCUCACCAAGCUGCGUGAGAUGGGCAGAGAGAAAUGUCACCAAUACUGGCCCGCAGAACGAUCUGCAAGAUACCAGUACUUUGUUGUAGAUCCCAUGGCUGAGUACAACAUGCCACAGUAUAUCCUAAGAGAAUUCAAGGUCACAGAUGCCAGGGACGGACAGUCCCGAACAGUGAGGCAGUUCCAGUUCACUGACUGGCCAGAGCAAGGAGUGCCAAAGUCUGGAGAAGGAUUUAUUGACUUCAUUGGCCAAGUACAUAAAACAAAAGAGCAGUUUGGCCAAGAUGGGCCCAUUUCAGUCCAUUGCAGUGCGGGCGUCGGAAGAACUGGAGUCUUCAUAACACUAAGCAUUGUUUUGGAAAGAAUGAGAUAUGAAGGAGUUGUAGAUAUCUUCCAGACUGUCAAAAUGUUAAGAACACAACGACCAGCCAUGGUACAGACAGAGGACCAGUACCAGUUCUGCUACCGAGCCGCACUGGAGUACCUGGGCAGCUUUGAUCACUAUGCAACGUAGAAACCCCUGACCCCCUUUGGGUUCUUACUGCAGGCCCUUCAGUAUCCACGGAGUCUCUUCUGAGCCAUACAGGGCACUCGAGAAGUCCUUCUUAACUUCUAGCUAACUACCACUUAGUGGGACUAGUACAAACAAAACAAAAUAAAAACAAACUCUUCUGGGUGGACCAAGAAUUCACAGUUUAAUAAUCUAACCUGAAAAAUAAUAAAGAGAAUCCUGACUGAUGAGGCAUCUGAAGGAUUUUAUUUACAGAUACCUCAAGGAUUCAAAAUAAAGGGAAGAAGAAAUCACAGCAAAGAACCACCAUCUUGUCCAGGAUUGCUUGUUAGGUGUGAGGAGAAAUUGCCAGAGUCCUACAGUUCAGUGCAAGAUGUUUGCUGGUGUGGCUUCUCAUAGGAUAAAAUGGACUCUGCUGCGACAUCGCCCCUUCCCACCAUACUGCUCAUAAUAACAUUUCAGGGGGAAUGGGGGGAAAUGUUUAAAAAGAAAGUCUUUGAUUUAGUUUUUUAGUAUUGUAAAGAUACUGCUGACCUGUGCUUCAUUUUUAACUGUGUAAACUUUUUUUUAACAAAAUGUAUCAUUCGAUAAAGUGAAUUUUAAAAAAAGAUACAUAACUCUUCAUUUUUUAUUUCCAAAUUGUAGGUUUUUUUUUUAAGCUGUAGAACUGUUAUCUGUAAUAUCUUGCUGUAGAAAUAUCAAAUAAUUUGAACAUUUGCACAUUUUUGUGCAAUAUUCUUAAUCUACAGUAUUGGUCUUGUCAGAUUACUUUUACACUUCUGUUCAGUUUUGGUUGGUGAGAAAGUACCCAUUCUCUUCAAACAGUAAAAGAGAACUUCAUUUUGUUUUGUUUUAUUUUUGGAAUCAACAGGGAGGCGCAAAGUAUAAAGUUGCUGCUAACAUAUAUACAUAUAUAUCCAUAUUUUACAGGGUGUCUAUGUAUAUAUAGACAGUGUGUCCACACAAAAAGAUAGAUUUAGCUAUCAUUCAGUUCUUCCAUGAUUUUGUUUUGUUUUUUGUUUUGUUUUUGUUUUUGUUUUUUGGGUCUUUUUUAGGUAGAAAAGGUAUUAUAAACAUCUUUUUCAAUUUGUUAUUAAUUUUAUGACAUAUGGGUAUUUCUUAAUAUCAUAAACUUUUAAUUUUAAGGGAAAUGAGGAAUGCACAUCAGUGAUUGUCAAACCUCACCCCCUAAUUUCCUACCCAGUCUCCCCCCACCCACCUACUCAUAUUCAGAUAUCCUUUGUUAGCCAGGCUUCCAACAAAGUUCAAUAUUUCUAACACUCUAGUGCAAUAAAAAAAUUAUUAACUAUCUAAGAGGUGUGCAUGUGGGAAAGGUCAGUGCAUAUCCCUUUAGGAGGGGAGAAUGUUGUAAUAUAUCAGCUAUCAAGUUGUUUAAAAACAAUGUAUUCAAUCGUAUAUUGUCUAUAGUAUGUGCUAUGAAACUUGCAUUUAUGAUAUGUAACAGGGGCAAAGCCAAACUCAUGUUACUCUAUUCAGUCAGAAACAUUUUGUGGCAUACAGCACUCUUGGCAAGUGCUGUACUUUUCCUUUUGGUUUUAGUUACACAUUUAGAGUGCCUUAUAAUUGAUGCCUAUUUUAAUAGCAUUUCUUUUUAGCUUUUGGUUAUUUUCAUUAGUUGUUCAUAUAUGUUACUCUUCCAAUUAAAGCAUUAUCUGUUUACCACAUGUACAAAAACUCUUUGAAUAAUAUGCAUUCCUAGUUUUCAACUAAGUCGGGGAUGUUAGUGAUUGUACCAGCCCAAAGCACUUGGAUAAUCAGGGCCCUUCCUUUCAUGAUUGCCAACAUCAGGAAAAGCUACUUGUUUUAUUUAGAAUCCUUUCCAAAUCUAUUCUGUAACAUUCAGUAACUACACCAAACUUAUUUUAGUGAUAAAUAUCAUUGUCAACUUUGGAAUAUACUCACUAGUCCAUUAGGAUUUUUCUAAAAGGGGAAAUUGAGCAACUGUUUAUUUUCCAAUACAAUUCCAAAUUUUCCAACAAAAUUGCUAUAGGAAGCCAUGGAUAAUGGCAUGAGUUUGCCGUAUCUUAUAUGAUUUUAAAGAACCCUCAAAAUAUCCAAGGAACUCCUAAAGAGUUUUGGUAUAAAUAGAAUAUUUUGGUUUAAUUUUAACUUCAUUGGUGUUCAGCAUACAAAGAUUUUUGUUUUCCACAUUUUACCAUUACUAGUAGAAUGAAAUCCAAGAGACCAAACACUUGCAAGCAUCUUAUUUGAGCACUUUUGUAUAAAAAAGAAAAAAAAAAAGAAAAAAAAGAAAAAAUAAAUAAUACUAAAAAAAAAAAAAGUAUCUAGAAGGCUACCUCAGAAUGAGACUCUCUAACCUACAUCAGAACCAGAGAAGAAUGUGCACUAUGUGGAUCUGUUGUUUUCUUUUACUUUGUAUCUUUUGGAAAUUUAUCCAAGUGCCAGAUUACUGAGUGCUGUGAUUUUCAUUUAGUGAAACAAAGGGGGUCAGACUUGCAGACAUGCCAUGUUAGACAUGUAGAAUAUGAUGUUGUCUAACGCACAAAGACAACUGGCCAGUGAGCAGUGUCUCUCCCUGAAGUAAAAACUGUCCAUUUGGCAAAGAGAAAGAGGAGAAUAAUCACAAGAAGAAAAUCAAUGGGAUGCAUACCAUACAAACGAGGCAGAGACUAGGUAUCUUACUGUUUAGGCGCUGUUCAGAGAACUAACUCCCUUACUGUCAUUGAUGUGCAUUCCACUCUGUGCAACCAUUCUAGUUUGAUUUUCCCAGGUAAACAUCUUUAUCUACCAUAACCAUAAACUUUCAAGUUUCCAAUUAUUUUCAUCAUCAUAACCAGUACGGUGCUAUUAUUUACCUAUGUACGUGUAGUUAUGUAUAAUUUUGUAAUUAGUUACAAUGGUAAAAAAAAUCAAAAUAUAUAAAAAGUGAUUUGUACAGAACUUUAUUUUAGCUCUUUUUUAAAAAUGAUUUGCAUGGUUAGACAACGGCGAGGACAGCCAGGGGAGGGAAGGGCCUCUAGGGAACUUUGCACUUUCUAUACCUUUGUACUAUGCACUGCCCUAUUGAUUCUACACCCAAUAAUGUUAUUACUUGAACCCAUCUGUAAGAAACUGCUUCAGAAAUUCAUUUGUGUGUAUGUAAAUAACACAACAUCGAUGCAGGAAGGGAAAAAAUUCUUCAGUAACGUAGAGAUUUUUUUCUUUCCUGUUUAUUUUUGGGUUUGCCUUGUUUUAGUCCCUCCUUUUUAUUUUUAAUUCCCUUUUCUUUUUCCUUUAUGGGUUUGAUUUCCUUUGGGUUUAUGGGUGCCCUGAUACUCCAGCAGAGAUCAGAAGGCUACAGAUCCAUCCUAUCCAUCUGUAUGUGGCUUUGCCAUUCAAGCUUGGAGUGUCUUUACAAAGAUAAAAACAGUUGUGUUCUUUGCUCUCGUUUUGGAUGCAUAGACUGAAAAAUUAAAAAAAAAUAACUUGUAAAAUGGCUUGUUAAAAAAUACAAUUACCUCUAAUUAGUAGUACGCGUAAAUGUUUUACAGAAUGAAAGGCGUGCUUUUUAUUUUCUUACUUCGUUACAUUGGUGGCGAAAGAAGUCUGUAUGAAAAUCAGUUCUUUGCUGACACAAGUUCCAUUUGUUACAAAUGAAUUCUAAUAAAAAUGUCAGUGUUA